UGAUUCUAGUGGAACAGAUUGAGUGUAAGAACAGAGUUUCUCUAGACCCGGACUCUACACUCUGUAGAGUAGGGGUUAAGGCACCUCAUUGACUAGACAAAGAAUCAUGAAGAGAAUCUGGGACGCUCUGCUGGGGCUCCUGUGGGUCCAUGUUUGCUUAGUGACAGGGAUGAAGGUGGAGCAGAGCCCUUCAGCCCUGAGCCUGCAGGAGGGAGCCAGCUCUAUCCUCAAGUGCAAUUACUCUAGCGCAGUGAACAAUGUGCAAUGGUUUCGACAGAAUCCCGAGGGCGGCAGCCUCACCAGGCUGUUUUACAUAGCUUCAGGGAUGAAGCAGAGCGGGAGGCUAAACUGCACACUGAAUGCUAAGGAACGGUUCAGCACCCUCCAUGUCGCGGCCUCUCAGCUGGAAGACUCAGCCACCUACCUGUGUGCGGUGGAGGCACACAGCACCAAUAAUCUGGUGUUCGGAAGGGGGACCAUGGUAAAAGUGGAUCUUAAUGUCCAGGACCCUGACCCCUCUGUGUACCAGAUGAGAAGCCCUAAAACCGGUAGGACUGUCUGCCUGUUCACCGAUUUUGAUUCUCAAGCUGAUUUCCAAAAACCGGAGGGGGCCACAGUGAUCAGCUUGAACAGUACUGUGCUGGACAUGAAGGUUAUGGAUUCCAAGAGCAAUGGGGCCCUGACCUGGAACAGCGAGACUAAUAUUGAAUGCAAGGAAAACUUCCAGCAGCCCUUCUACCCCAGUUCAAACUAUUCCUGUGAUGCCAAGUUGAUAGAGAAAAGCUUUGAAACAGAUAUGGACCUAAACUUCUACAACCUGCUAGUGAUUGGGCUACGCAUCCUCCUCCUGAAAGUGAUCGGAUUUAACCUGUUCAUGACGCUGCGGCUGUGGUCCUGCUGAGGUCACCAAGGAUGUGAGAGCCUGGCACUCCCCUGCUCCUGGCUAUGCACUGUACCUCUCCCACCUCUUCAAGCAGAAAGGCACACUCUCUGCCUCCAUGGAGGAGAAGGCUCCCUCUGCCUCUCUGGCCCCACUGGCAACACCGCCAACUGGAUCCUACCAGAUAUUUGUGAUCAAGAUGCUGAAGAGCUGCCAAACACUGUCUCCACCCUCUUUGUUCCCUCAUUGCUGCUUCUCACUCCCUGCAAAGGCCAGGGAGCUGCUGCGGCCUCUCUUGGCUGUGGGGAGACUCCCAGCCCCUCCCCUGAGACUGCCUCUUAUGUCCCCUGGGAUGAGGGAUCCCCAGUGGGUCCUCUUGGGCUCUAGCUCCUGAAGAAUGUUGUGAGGAGUUUUCUUUUUUUUUUAAUAGUGUUCAUAAAGAAAUAUGUAUCCCCUUUUCCCCCAAGAUGUGGGGAAAAUGAUUAUCUAGGCCCUGCUAUGCUGUUAUCUGAGCCACGUUGUAUAUUCUGCUACCCUUCAUUAAAGGCAGUUUGGAAGAGCAGA